GCUGCUGGCCGCCUGCGCGCUGCACGGCGCCCUCGCCAGGAAGCGCCGCCGCCGCCGCCACGACGCCGCCGAGGGUGAGGAGAGCCUGAGUACGCAGGCUGCCGGCGGCUGCGACAGCGGGGGCGGUCUGUCCGGCCCGGGGGCGGGCGGCGGCGGCGGAGGCGGCGGCGGCGGCAGCUACGAGAAGAUAGAACUCAACCAUAAGCCGCCGUCGCCCAGGAUACUCAACCACCGCGAACAGGUGGGCACGGCCGAAACUGCAGUGGUGUCGCAUCCGCGCAUGCGCGAGUACCGCGGGGUGCCCGACACUGACGACGAGGACGAAGACGUGGAGGACGAGGCCGGCUACGACGAGGACGAGCAGGAGACGACCACGCCCUCCGCGGACCUCCACAUCCCUCGCAUCAACAGCUGGGACACGACGCCGAGCACGACAUCGAGCAGCUGGGUGCAGGUGCAGGGGCAGCUCAAGUCGCCGCCGCCGGCACCUCUGUCCCCGCCGCCCCCGCAGCCGUCCGGCCGCAGCCCGCCGCCGCCUCCGGCGCCAUCCUCCGCCCCCGCGCCCGCGCUGCUAUCCGCCUCCACUCUGACGGCGCACGUGAUGCGGCGGCGGGACCUGGGCCCUGGGGGCGGCAACCUGUACACGUCUGUGGACUACCCGGACCUGCUGGCCGGCGGUGGCGCCCAGUGGGGAUCAGGAAGCGGCGUGAGCAGCACGCUGCCGCGCCGGGGGCGAUACGGCGGCGGUGUCGGAGGCGGCUCUGGCCUGGGCCCGAGUGGGGGCGGCCCGGGGGCGGACAGCAGCCAGUCGCCGCUGCUGGGGGCGUCGCAGCUGUCUCUGCUGCAGCGCCAGCCGCCCCCCAGCCCGCCGUGCCCGGCGCGCGCCGCCGCCGACCUCGCGUCCUACGACUACCAUGCGCAGCAGCUGGAGCGCUUCCUCAUGGAGUACCGCAGCCUCCAACGGCAGCUGUCGCGCAUGAAGAUGGCCGUGGACCGCCGCCGCGGGCUGGGGGCCGCGUCCACCGCGUCGGCAGCCGCGGGGGCGGCGACGGUAUCAGCGGUAGUGGCGGCGGCCCCCGCCUCCAGUCCGCCCAGUGCUGGAGCCACGUCGCCGCCUCCCUACUGGCUGGGGACGACCAAGGCUACGGCGCCCGCCUCCGCCGCUCCACAGCACCGCCGCUUCAGCGGGGGUGACUUCUUCCUGAGCUGAGAUCUGCAGCUGCCCAUCCCAGCUAUGCAACACGGAGGAGUCUCUUGCAAAGC